ACCUAUCCCUAUUUUCAUAUACAAUAAAUAUAUACAUUACCACUGAGAUCGUUGAAAUCGGCAUUUGAACAGAUAUUGAGCACGAAAAAAAGUUAUUCUAAAUAUCAACGGAAGAGUUAUUAAUUCUAUUCUAUAAAUACCCUGCAUGAUAGAAGAGCAAACCACCAGACAAUUUGCAAGAAUUUCAUCAGUAAACAUUGCUUUCAAUCAGAGAUAUGAUUACUCUUCGAUAAGGAAAUGGAAGCUAGUAUUCCUGCGCUACACUGUCCAAUGCAUUUUUGUUUGCUAGACUGAACUAUGGAGAAUCAUAGCUUGAAUGUGUGGAGCUGUUAUGGCAUGACAAGUCGAAACAUAUGCAGAGAAUAAUGGAUCAUAUAGAAACCAAACACAGUCCAUAUGACAUGGACACAACAGCCUUUGAUUCUGAGGUUUAUUUGGAAAAGCUUCUGAAGGAUUAUUCACUGAAACAGAUAAUGGACACCGAAGCAGCAGUUGUAAAGGAUACCCAAACUCUACACUCCGAUAUGCAAACGUUGGUGUAUGAAAAUUACAAUAAAUUCAUUUCGGCAACUGACACCAUCCGCAAAAUGAAGAAUGACUUCAAACAAAUGGAAUCUGACAUGAACUUAUUGAAGGAAAAAAUGGGAACGAUCACCAACUUCAGUGAGCAGAUAACGGGAACACUUCAAGGUACCAGGUCGCAGCUAUGCAAACUUUCAGAGAAACAUUCAUUGCUAAAACGUUUGCAGUUUCUAUCAUCUCUGCCCGCAAAGUUAAAGGAGCACAUAGAGGAGCAAAAUUAUGUUCAAUGUGUUCAAGAUUAUGUGCAUGCUAAAAAAGUAUUUGAGCAAUAUGGACAACAACCCUCAUUUGAUGGUAUUCGAAAAGACUGCGACAUUAUUAUGGCAGAUUUGAAGCAAAAACUAAGAGCUGAAUUUCAUAUGUCGGGAAAGACGGCGGAAACAUUAACAAAAAUGGGGGACUUGCUGCUACAACUUGAUGAGAAGCCGUCAGAUAUGGCGGCAGAAAUGUUAGUUUGUGCUUCAAAGCGACUACAUGAACAGAUUGUUAUGCUCCAGGACCAAACCGAACGUGAUAUGAUCGAAUUCGUCGACUUGGGCAUCGAUGGCUUCCUCAGAGAUCUAACAUUAGUAGUUACUGCGUACUACGACAUGUUUGUGGCGAAACAUUACGACGGCGAAAGAGACGACUUUCAGGAGGUAGCUUUGAAAGAACUGAACUCCUUUUUAAACGAAAACAUAGAUAAAUAUAUGACGCUUGUCCAGGACCGUGUUGAGUCAGACAUUGGUCUAGGCGACACACACAUUAUGCUGCGAGCAUUGGAUCGCUUACAUAGGCGCUUAUUAGCUAUGCGCAACAUCUGCUGUGGCUUGGAAAUUCAGCGAAACACUGUUGAUAUUAUUAUUUCGGCGGCCCACCAACUUAUGCAGACCCAUUCCAAAGCCUUGAAGGAUCAUUUCGCCGAUAGUUUGAGUUCGGUUCGGCUAUCUUUAGUUUCCACGAAGAGCGAUGCUGUAGUGUCUGGUGUGCAUCUCAAUGAUCUCAUUACUAACCUUUACGUAACGCUAAUGGAAAAAGUGCGCGGCGUGUUACAGGAUUUGUUAAUUUUCCUUCAAACUGAUUGGUCCUUCAAUAUUAAAUGCGACUACAAAGGUGCUCUUUGUGUUGAAGGUAUACGAGAAACUCUCUUAAUUGGCUUUUUGCACCACAUUUCAAAAGUUAUGAAUAGUUUUGGUGACUUGUCCACAUCGAGUCUCCCAAAUUUGUUGUUGGUGUUAUCUAAGACAUGUCUAGAAAUGGAACAGAAUGGCAUUCAUGUACUAAUUAGCUUAGUUGAUGACUUAUACGAAAUCGAUUCUGAGAAUAGCACAACUCUUACCCACGAAACCGAAAUAUGCGCUGAAAUGCGAGAAACAGCACAAAAUCUUCUUGACACAUAUGUCCGCUUACAAGGGUCUAAUAUUUCGCAGAUGCUCCGCAAAAGCGUGGAGACUCGCGAUUGGCUCAAUUGCCUUGAGCCGAGAACUGUGCGUGCUGUAAUGAAAAGAGUUGUGGAGGAGAUGUCAUCUAUAGAGACCGUUGUUGCCAGUUUGUAUGAACAACAGCCACAUCAGAAUGAACGGACAACUGCUAGCAGUGACUCCAGCCGUAAGACCCAUUUCAGCAAUUUGACUGGCUCCAAACAACAGUUUCGUUCUAAUUGGUCCAAUUAUACUCCAUCACAACUGGAAUCUUCCUAUGUCUCCAAUAUACAUAGAUUGUUUUCAGAAAGGGUAGAUAUUUUCACGUCAGUGGACUUCUCUAAGGUGUCAAUAGUAACAGGCAUAAUUAAAAUUGGUUUGAAGACAUUACUGGAAUGUGUUCGUGUUCGCACUUUUAGUAAAUUUGGUUUGCAGCAGAUUCAGGUGGACACUCAUUAUCUACAAAUGAAUCUAUGGCGUUUUGUGAAGGACGAAAACCUUAUUAACUAUUUAUUGGAUGAAAUUUUGGGUUCAGCAGUUCAUAGAUGCUUAGAAUCGACAUUGAUGGAACCAAACGCGGUGGAAAUAAUUUGCGAAAGGGGUUAGUAGUGCUUGUAAGUUUUCAAGUUUUACAUCCUCAUUUUAUAUUUUUAUAUAAUCUAUGCACCAGCCUAAGGACAAGUGUAUUCUAAAAUAUUUGGAUUUACUUAUGACAAAUAAAGAAAAAAAAAACCGUAUUGACACUAUUAUGA